CCCCUCUGCUCGCGCUGUCAGGCUGGCGGAGGAUGGCUCAGGAAGACGGCUGGAGCCUGCCCAAAGUGCGGGCCCGGGUUGGGGCCUCCCAUGGCAUCACCGACCUGGCCCAAAAGCUCCGCUUCUACGACCGCUGGGCUCUGGACUAUGACCAGGAUGUGGCGACCCUGCAGUACCGUGCCCCCCGCCUAGCAGUGGACUGCCUCACCCAAGCCCUUCCAGGCCUUCCCCACACCGCCCUGAUCCUGGACGUGGCCUGUGGCACUGGCCUGGUGGCUGCCGAGCUGCAGGCUCGAGGCUUCCUCCAGCUGCAUGGGGUGGAUGGGAGCCCAGGGAUGCUGGAACAGGCCCGGGCCCGCGGCCUCUACCAGUGCCUCAGCCUCUGCACCCUGGGCCAGGAGCCUCUGCCCAGCCCUGAAGGGACCUUUGACGCAGUGCUGAUGGUGGGUGCCCUCAGCGAUGGCCAGGUGCCCUGCAGUGCCAUACCUGAGCUCCUGAGAGUUACCAAGCCAGGAGGGCUGGUGUGUCUGACCACCAGGACCAACCCAUCCAACCUUCGCUACAAGGAGGUGCUGGAGACCACCCUGGAUGAGCUGGAGCAGGCCAGGGCUUGGGAACGCCUGGUGACCUGGCCGUGGACAGGUGGGAGCUGGCCACCUCUGAGCUCGAGGUGGUGCCUGGCUCUUCUGACAGCGAGGGCUUCAUCUCUGGCGUUGUCUACCUGUACCGAAAGCAGCAAGCGGGAGUCAGGGUUGAGGGAGCAAAGCCUGCUCCCCAGGCCCUGGCAGGUCACUGACCCUCCACCUGGCAUUGGCCAGGCCCAUCCUUGGAGCUCCUCCACUUCAUCUCUAAAAUGGGUCACCAUGCCAACCUACCUUUCAGGAGAAUGUGCCCAUUAAAGAUGGCCCAGAGGAACAGCAGGACCGUGGUUCUGUGAUUCUUUUGCCCCAGCUGUCGCUGAGGACAGAAGUCAGAAGUGACAGGACAGAGAGGGUCCCCAGCUCUGAUCAUCCCUGAACCAGGCACGGCAGUCAGCCACAGAUGUGACUGUAUGGCUCUUCCCAGCUGAUGGGCCCUCUUUUCUUUCUUUUUUUUUUUUUUAAAGA